AUGAGUUUCGAUGCUGCACGCGCUAUUUUCAACACGGUUGAUACCAACCGUGAUGGUACCAUUGAUCGUCGGGAAUUUCAGCAAUUCGUCGGUGGUGCUGGUGAUGUUGGAGGUGGAUGGAGUAGUGCUGGCGGUUAUGGAGCUGGAUGGGGUGGCUCAUCAAGCUAUGAACUCAGCGGUGCUGGAUAUGGUGCAGGUCUUGGUUUAGUUGGCGGUGGCUCAUCAGUCUAUGAAACUUCUGGAUCAUACGGUAGCGGUGCAUAUGGAUCUGAAUAUCUUGGUGCUGGUUAUGGUGGUGCUGGUUAUGGUGGUGCUGGUUAUGGUGGUGCUGGUUAUGGUGGUGCAUCCUCAUACCAACUUUCAUCAUUUGAUUCAUCAGCAGCUUAUGGUGCUGGUGCUGGUGCUGGUGCCGCUAAUGUUACUGUUGUUGGUGGUGGAGGCCUUGGAUAUGAUGCCGGAGCAUCAUAUGCUGCACAAACAUAUGCAACUGAUGCUCAAGGUCUCUACCAAGAUCCAAAUCCACAAAUCAUUCGUCGUCCAGCUGCUGGUGGUGUACAAACCUACACGCAAAACAUCAGAGUUCGAUUCCUUCAACCACCACCAGUUCCACCUCCAGGUCCACUCAUCAUCAGAGAAGUGCGCCCACCUCAACCACCAGUUCCACCACCACUUCGCAUUCGUCAACAAGCUCCUCCACUUCCUACACCUCCUCCGCUCGUUCUUCGUGAACGUCCACCACAACCACCACCAUAUAUUGCUUCACAAACUGUUAUUCGUCGUUUAGCAGGUUUACCUGUUCCACCACGAUCAGUCAUUAUUGAACGUUUACCACCUCUUCCACCUCGUCCUCGUGAUAUCAUCAUCGAACGAUGGGUUCCAUAUGGACCACAAGCUAGACGUCGCACAAUUUUACAACGUGCACCACCUGCUCAACCAUAUCCUCAUCCACGUAAUAUUAUCAUUCAAUACGAACCCGCUCCAGCACGCGUCAUUCGUCAAUUCCAACGACUUGGUGUUGUUCAAGCUAAUCCAGCAGCUUAUGUCCAACAAUAUGGUUUUCACCUUCUUGAUGGUGCUUCACUUAUUGCACAAGCUCGUGCUGCUGGUGUUGUCGAAGAUAUCUCACCUCCAGGUUUUGCUGUUGGUUACGGUGCAGCAACCUAUGGUCAAGAUCUUGGUGCUUUUAGUUCAUCAGCAGGCUGGGAAGGUGGACACUCAUUAGAUGCUGGUUUAGCUGGUGGAAGUUCAGUCUAUGAUGCAUCAAGUUACUCAUUGGGCGGUGGUGGAUAUGGCGGAUCCUUAGCAUAUGGUGGUGGAUAUGGCGCUGGAUAUAGUGGUGGAUAUGGUGCUGGAUAUGGUGCUGGAUAUGGUGCUGGAUAUGGUGGUGGAUAUGAAACAUCAUCAUCAUCAUACGAAUCAUACGGAGGUCUUGGCGGAGUAGAUGUUGCUAGUGCUGCCUUCAAUACUGUUGAUACCAAUCGCGAUGGAUUGAUUGAUCGUUCUGAAUUCCAGCGCUUCUUCCAACAAGGCUUAUAA